CCAACCGGCGCGGACAUAUAAAAGGCCGGGCGUUGACGUCAGCGGUCUCUUCCGCCGCAGCCGCCGCCAUCGUCGGCGCGCUUCCCUGUUCACCUCUGACUCCGAGAAUCCGUCGCCAUCCGCCACCAUGGUGAACUUCACAGUAGAUCAGAUCCGUGCCAUCAUGGACAAGAAAGCCAACAUCCGGAACAUGUCAGUCAUCGCCCAUGUGGACCAUGGCAAGUCCACGCUGACCGACUCCCUUGUGUGCAAGGCGGGCAUCAUCGCCUCUGCUCGAGCUGGGGAGACACGCUUCACUGACACCCGCAAGGAUGAGCAGGAGCGCUGUAUCACCAUCAAAUCCACUGCCAUCUCCCUCUUCUAUGAGCUCUCUGAGAACGACCUGAAUUUCAUCAAGCAGAGCAAGGAUGGCUCGGGCUUCCUCAUCAACCUCAUCGACUCUCCAGGCCACGUCGACUUCUCUUCAGAGGUGACAGCUGCCUUGCGUGUCACCGACGGAGCUCUGGUGGUGGUGGACUGUGUGUCUGGCGUGUGUGUGCAGACAGAAACAGUACUGCGACAGGCUAUCGCUGAGCGCAUCAAGCCUGUGCUGAUGAUGAAUAAGAUGGACCGGGCCCUGCUUGAGCUGCAGCUAGAGCCUGAGGAGCUCUACCAGACCUUCCAGCGCAUUGUGGAGAAUGUCAACGUUAUCAUCUCUACCUAUGGCGAGGGCGAGAGUGGGCCCAUGGGCAAUAUCAUGAUUGACCCUGUCCUGGGCACCGUAGGCUUUGGUUCUGGCCUGCAUGGCUGGGCCUUCACUCUGAAGCAGUUUGCAGAGAUGUAUGUGGCCAAGUUUGCAGCCAAGGGUGAGGGGCAGCUGGGAGCAGCUGAGCGUGCCAAGAAAGUAGAAGACAUGAUGAAGAAGCUAUGGGGAGACCGGUACUUUGACCCAGCCAAUGGCAAGUUCAGCAAGUCAGCCAAUAGCCCAGACGGGAAGAAGCUUCCCCGCACCUUCUGCCAGCUCAUCCUGGACCCCAUCUUCAAGGUAUUCGACGCCAUCAUGAACUUCAGGAAGGAGGAGACAGCCAAGCUGAUCGAGAAACUGGACAUCAAGCUGGACAGUGAGGACAAGGACAAGGAGGGCAAACCAUUGCUCAAGGCUGUGAUGCGCCGCUGGCUGCCUGCUGGGGACGCCCUCCUGCAGAUGAUCACCAUCCACCUGCCAUCCCCAGUCACUGCACAGAAGUACCGUUGUGAGCUGCUGUACGAGGGGCCACCUGAUGACGAGGCCGCCAUGGGUAUUAAGAGCUGCGAUCCCAAAGGCCCCCUUAUGAUGUACAUUUCUAAGAUGGUGCCAACUUCUGACAAAGGCCGCUUCUAUGCCUUUGGUAGAGUGUUCUCUGGGGUGGUGUCCACUGGCCUGAAGGUCCGGAUCAUGGGCCCCAACUACACGCCCGGGAAGAAAGAGGACCUGUACCUGAAGCCUAUCCAGAGAACCAUUCUGAUGAUGGGCCGCUAUGUGGAGCCAAUUGAGGAUGUGCCCUGUGGAAACAUUGGCGUGCAGUACCUGAAUGAGAUCAAGGACAGUGUGGUGGCUGGCUUCCAGUGGGCUACUAAGGAGGGCGCUCUUUGUGAGGAGAACAUGCGUGGUGUGCGAUUUGAUGUUCAUGAUGUGACCCUGCAUGCUGAUGCCAUCCACCGAGGAGGUGGCCAGAUCAUCCCCACAGCACGCCGCUGCCUCUAUGCCAGUGUGCUAACCGCACAGCCCCGUCUCAUGGAGCCUAUCUACCUGGUGGAAAUCCAGUGUCCUGAGCAAGUGGUAGGUGGCAUCUAUGGUGUCCUGAACAGGAAGCGUGGCCAUGUAUUUGAGGAGUCCCAGGUGGCUGGUACGCCCAUGUUCGUGGUCAAGGCAUACCUGCCUGUCAAUGAGUCCUUUGGCUUCACCGCUGAUCUUCGAUCCAACACUGGUGGCCAGGCCUUCCCCCAGUGCGUGUUUGACCAC